AUGGCGGAGCAGGACAAGAAGUGGUCGAGCACGGCGGACAGCUACGUCCGGUACUUUCAGCCAUCGUCGCUUCUGUGUGGCCGGCUGGUGGCAAACGGGCUGCAGCUGAACCACGUGGGCCCGCUCAAAAUCAUCGAGACCGGAGCGGGCACAGGGGCCUUGGCCAAGGAACUGCUGGGCCUGGAUGGGGUCGAAGUCUUGGAGUACUGCUGCUCGGACAUCGCUGAAGGCAUGGUGGAGAAGGCCAAGGCGACGCUGGCGGGCAUGGUCGCCCGAGUCGAAAAGCUGGACUGCGCGGCGCUGCCGUACGCCGACGCGAGCUUCGACCGCUACAUCUCGAACUGCACCUUGCACUACCUGCCUGAUCCGGCACCCGCCAUCAUGGAGGCCGGCCGCGUUCUGAAGCCAGGCGGCCUCGCUGGAUACAGCGUCUGGGGCCACGCGGAGCAGUCGCCGCUCAUGACCAUCGUCCCGGACGUCCUCGACUCGCUCGGCCUCGAGCGAAAGGACCCGGCCAAGCGCUCGAGUUUCCAUCUCGGCGACGAUGACGAGGCCACGCGCCAGUUGUUCCUCGCCAACGGCUUCUCGAAGUGCGCCAUCGUUCAUUGUCCCCUCGUCAUGUCUUACUUUGACCCCGACCACUACGCCGAGGUUAUCAUCGAUGGUGCCAACAGCACCAGAACCAAGAUUCAGUCCUUCUCUCCGGAAGACCAAGCUGCCGUCCGCGAAGAAGUCAAGCGGCGGGCAAAGCUCGUCAUGGACCAAGGCCGCGGCAUCGCGCUUGAUGUCGCCGUCAUCGUCGCCCAGCGAUGA